GAUGCCUGCAUGCAUAAUAACGGAAUACAGAGGCAAAGCUCUCAAGUGGUGCUGCUGACCUAUCAUUAAUCAAAUAGGCCGUCCUGCAGGGCAUAUUUGUCGCAUUUUCCAUUCCAUUUAUUCAAGACCAUUCCGGUUGAUAUUUAUCGAUUUACUGUAUGACCGACCAUAUCAUAGCCAUAGCCACCAUAUUCCUGCGACGUAAUCCGUUCCGAAGUACUUUAAUACCCAUUCGUCGUCAUAAUAAUCUAGCUCGGCUUAGAAACAACCUGGUAUGGCGGCAAGCUCCCUUAGUCGACGAGACUUCAAUGUUCUCGAGAAAAUCAGAGAUCCGGAGUCGAAUCCAACGACAGCUGUCCUCAUAGACCCAACUUUACCCAAGGAUCCGAAUAUAACGGACACGUCUGUAUAUGACCGUGUAUCCCAGAGAGAGCGCGAUAUCGUAUUGGCUAUGCAACAGUUAGAGAUGCAACUAGCCGGCUUGCAGCCGGCGUUAAAAACGGAGCCGAUACAGGAAUAUCGAAAAUGCCUGUCCAAGCUCGGAGAACUUAUAACGGAAUACCCCAAAUACGCUAGCGCCCGAAAUAAUCGAGCACAGGUUUUUAGGAGGUUGUACGGAGAUACACUGCUCCUAUCUGAUAAACAGGAUUCGAGAGGGUUGUUGGGUGAUGUCGAUGAGCUUGAGAGAUCUCAUGCGGCGGACCUAGCCCUUUCUGAUCUGGACCAAGCCAUUGCCUUGCUAACACCUAAGAGUCUCUUCGUAGCGGUCUCGCCACAGGCUGGGAAGACGUUGUCACUUGCGCAUACCCAACGGGCAGCAAUUUACCACAUGACCUUCAAAUCCCUUCAAACUGGAAGCCAAGUUCGGAUAGCCGGGCGAAAAGAAGAGGCGUGGACAAAGAACGACUUCGAAGAGGCGGCAUCGAGAGAUUUUGCUUUGGGAGGAAGAUACGGGAACGACAUUGCGAAAGGCUUGGCUGUGAGUACUAAUCCUACCGCCAAGCUUUGCGGCCAGAUGGUUAGAGAGGCUAUGAAGAAGGAAUAUGGUCCCGCGUAUGCUUCGUGAUGGGUCCGUUUAGCCACAUUAUAACAGCCCGU